UUCGGAGACGCGCUCCCUUGUCCCCCCUCCUCCCACACCUCUGCUCUGCUCUGCUCUGUUCUUAUAUCAGGAGCACCCAUCCACGUUGCAUCCUACCCUUCACACUUGUGUCCAUUAAAGUGCAAAGAAACCAGAUCGAUCGGAUAGGUACUAGCUAGCCUUCGAUCUGAGGAUCAGCGAUUAGCAGGGAGUUGAUUGAUUGGUUGAUUUGAUUCGGGGAUGAAGUUUGGCAAGUGGCUCAAGAGGCAGAUUGAGCAGAGCCUCCCGGAGUGGCGGGACCAGUUCCCCCGCUGCGUCAAAGCCGUCCCCGGCGGCUGCCCGCCGUCACCCGCGGAGGAGGCCGAGUUCGUCGCCACGCUCGACGCCGAGAUCGACAAGAUCAACGCCUUUUUUCUCGAGCAGGAGGAGGAGUUCAUCAUCCACCACCGGGAGCUGCAGGAGGACAUCAGCCGGGCGCUGGGCCGCAGGGCGGCUGGGCUUGUGACGCCGGGGCAGCACGAGGCAGCGGUCGCCGCCAUCCGCAGGGAGAUCGUCGACUUCCACGGCGUCAUGGUGCUGCUCCUCAACUACAGCAGCAUCAACUACAUAGGUCUGGCGAAGAUACUGAAGAAGUACGACAAGCGCUCCAGCGCGGUGCUGCGGCCGCCGGUGCUCGAGGCGGUGGUGGAGCAGCCAUUCUUCGAGACGGAGACGGUGUCGCAGCUGGUGCGGGAGUGCGAGGCCAUGAUGGAGGCCGUCUUCCCGGAGGCGCCCGAUGGCCAAGCCGCCGCGCGCCGGGACCGGGAGGCGCUCGCCGCCGCCGAGCAGAGCAUCUUCCACAACACCGUGGCGGCGCUGCUCACCAUGGAGGACGUCCGCGCCUGGAGCUCCACCAGAGGCCGCCACUCGCUGCCGCCGCUCAACCUGCCGGACUCCGACUGGCUCCGCUCCUUCCAGACGGCGUCACCCAUCCCCACCCAAUGACAAUAGUCAAUAAUCGCCUCAACUGUUUACCUCGCCUUCUUUGGCUUGGCCCCUCCGGAAAUGCUGUGCUGGCUUGCCUGUAAUUUCCAAUUUUUUAAACUCCUUUUAAUUAUUUAUAUAUACCGCUUUCUAACAUAGAGUAAUACUAGCUUGUAGUAACGCUAGACUAAAUAAUGGAAGUUACUAUGCUGAAAUGUGAGCUAGCACGCAGAUUCAUACUA